AUGAGUCUGUUAGGGAACCUUCUCCUCCGAUUAACAAAGUCCAUAACACCUCCUUGGGUUCUCUUCCUUAUUCCUCCUCCUCCUUCUUCUUCUUCGAAUGCGAGUUGCAUCGUCUACUUGUCCGUUCAAUCUUAUUCACAAAUCUCUGUCGCGACUUCCACUUUCAUUGAUUUCAAAUCGCCGCCAUGGUUUCUACUCAAAAUUAUAGAAGAAUUACAGAACACCUGCCUACCGGAGAAUUGUCUGGUGCAUUUACAAGUUGAGGAAGACGCUAAUAAAUCUGGAGGAAAAAUCUCAGAGAUAGAAUAUGAGAAAUAA